AGACCCCGUCACCACUAGCCCUAACCCCAUAUUAACUCUCUCCAGGGUUAGACCCCAUCACCACUAGCCCUAACCCCAUAUUAACUCUCUCCAGGGUUAGACCCCAUCACCACUAGCCCUAACCCCAUAUUAACUCUCUCCAGGGUUAGACCCCAUCACCACUAGCCCUAACCCCAUAUUAAUAGACCCCAUCACCACUAGCCCUAACCCCAUAUUAAUAGACCCCAUCACCACUAGCCCUAACCCCAUAUUAAUAGACCCCAUCACCACUAGCCCUAACCCCAUAUUAACUCUCUCCAGGGUUGGACCCCAUAACUACUAGCCCUAACCCCAUAUUAACUCUCUCCAGGGUUGGACCCCAUAACUACUAGCCCUAACCCCAUAUUAACUCUGUCUCUGUAGGUCAGGCCAGGGUGCACCAGCUGGCAGAGAACACACGCUACUUCAGGUCUCGUCUUCAAGAGAUGGGCUUCAUCAUCUAUGGUAACGAUGAUUCUCCUGUGGUCCCAAUUCUGCUCUACAUGCCAGGAAAAGUUGUGGCUUUCUCUCGCGCCAUGCUGAAGAGGAAGAUAGGAGUGGUGGUGGUGGGGUUCCCUGCUACGCCCAUCACAGAGGCACGGGCACGCUUCUGUCUGUCUGCGGCACACACCAAGGCCAUGCUCGACCAGGUGAGUAUACACGCAAAGACACACCAAGGCCAUGCUCGACCAGGUGAGUACACACGCAAAGACACACCAAGGCCAUGCUCGACCAGGUGAGUACACACGCAAAGACACACCAAGGCCAUGCUCGACCAGGUGAGUAUACACGCAAACACACACCAAGGCCAUGCUCGACCAGGUGAGUAUACACGCAAACACACACCAAGGCCAUGCUCGACCAGGUGAGUAUACACGCAAACACACACAGGGACACAAACACACACACACAUAGAGACAUAUCUCUCCCCCCCCUCUUUCCCUCUCUCCCUCUCUCUCAAUUUCAAUG